AUGGCGAAAUCUUACCUCGAGCCAUUGCGUCACCUCACCAAGAAUGGCUUCGACGAUGCGCGCUUGCUACUUCUUCAAGGCCUCAGUCGCGAGCAGCGCAGUGCCUUGAUUCAGGAAGGUAUGGAGCGCUUCACUACCGACGAAGCAUUCGUGCAAUUGUGUCUCCGUAUGCUCGAUUCGCUGCAACAACCAGAAGAGCGGGCGACAUCUGAGCUGCCCAUUGAAAGGAACGACUCCCGGCAGCCUGGCAACAUACAAGCCACGCCCGCGCCUGCACCCGCCGCGCAUAUUCCCCCAACCUCUGGCAUAGCACUACCGAGGCGCCAAACCAAGCGGAAAGCGACGGAAAACGUAGACCCAUCCGACGACCGUGUUCAGAAAGCGCCCACGCUCGACGCGACAUGUGACGGUGUCAGCAGCCUCUCCAAUGGAGACGAAGACGACGAUGAAGACUGGGAGGGUAUGACUGCAAAACUUGAUAACGCUCUACGGGAUGACGCUCCCGCGGUCGCCAACGCCAACAUCAAUGUCAUCGACAUACGCUCCACAGCCUUCGACAUACCCGUACGCAAGAUAGGUGCAUGGGUUGUGAACGCUGUCGGGCUUGAAGAAUGGCAGCCGCUCAGCGAUGUUGAGUCGGGUAAGAGUAUCUUAGCAAGGUUCUUGACAGACUUCGCUUUCAACCAAGCCAAGCACGCGACAUUAGAGCGGUGGCUGGGUUUGUAG